AUGAUCCUGUGGCUGAAGGGGGUCAUCUUUAACGUCACCACGGUGGACCUCAAACGAAAGCCGGCCGACCUGCAGGACCUCGCACCGGGCACCAACCCCCCCUUCAUGACGUUCAACGGCGAGGUCAAAGUCGACGUCAACAAGAUGGAGGAGUUCCUGGAGGAAAAACUGACGCCACCAGGCUACCCCAGGCUAGCCCCCAGACAUCCUGAAGCCAACACAGCUGGGAUUGAUGUCUUUGCCAAGUUUUCAGCUUACAUCAAAAACCCAAGAAAGGACGCCAAUGACGCCUUAGAGAAAGCUCUGCUGAAGUCCCUCCGGCGCCUUGACGACUUCCUGAGGACUCCUCUGGCUGAUGAGAUCGAUGCGGAUGCCUCAGGAGACCUGCCCGAGUCCUCCAGGAGCUUCCUGGACGGGCCGGAGCUCACCCUGGCCGACUGCAACCUGCUGCCCAAGCUCCACAUCCUGAAGGUCGUCGCUAAGAAGUAUCGGAGCUUCGAAAUCCCGGCGGAGAUGACGGGAGUGUGGAGGUAUUUGAACAGUGCCUACCAGAGGGAGGAGUUCACCAGCACCUGUCCUGCUGUGAGGGAGAUCGAGUUUGCCUAUUUGGACGUGGCAAAGCAGAUCAAAUGA